AUGUCUGCUAAUUUUAAAAGAACACUGAUUUUACCGUUAAUUUCAACGGGUAAUGUUCCACAAUUAACCACAGAUUUAAUUUUACAUUCAUUAUCAAAUGAGUUUCGUUUUGUGAAAUCAUUGGAUUCUACCUAUGUACAUCCAUUUGUUGGAGCAUUGGAUUAUUCUCUUCAUGAUGGUAAACCGAUAUUAUAUGAAUCAGACCCUAACAAGAGGUUUUCCAGUGCAUUAGAAUUGUUUUAUAAUGAAUCUAAAAAUGUAUAUGUGAUUCAACAGAGAACACCAAUAAUACAAGGUUAUAUUAAUAAUUUCAUUAAGGAGAUUAUAAUUCCUGUGAUAAAAGAAUUUCAAAUUACGGAUGUAACAAUUCUGGAUUCAUAUGGUGCCCUUGAUGAAUCAAUUAUAAGUCAUAAAUUUAAUAAUAAUACUAAUAUGGGUAUUACGAAUGUAGAUCCAUUUUAUUCAGUUGGUAUAUGUAAUUUAGAAGGAAUUGGUUCAUUGAGUGAUGAAUUUGAUUCAAUUUUAAAUUUAAAGACUGAUCCAAAUACAGCUAUGCAUUAUACUAAUUCUUUAUUGGAAUUUUCAAAAAAAAGUUUAUUACAAGAGAUCUCCACUGAUCAACAAAUUUUUAAAAUUAUUUUCCAUUUAAUUAAUUCACAAUUAGGAAGUUUAACUAAAGUGAAAUAUUGUUCAUUUUUUGUUCAUGAAGGUGAUAAUUCUUUGGAUGCAAAAUUAUUUACAUCUCAUUUUAAUGAUUUUGUUAAUCCAAUAGAUUCCACCAUUGUAGAAAUCAAAGAUUUUAAAACACCAAUAUCUUGGAAAGGUGUAUACGGUUUUAAUGAAGUUCCUACAACGUUAGAGGAAGGUAUAUAUAUCUAA